AUGUCUACUGUACAUCAACUAACAGGUAUAGGUUUUCAAAUUAAUCAAGAAUGGCUAGGGACAGUUUUAUUAGCUGGUCUUCCGGAGCAUUUUCAGCCAAUGAUCAUGGCAUUAGAAAGUUCAGGGAUGAUGAUUACCGGAGACUCAGUUAAGGUUAAGCUGUUGCAAGAAUCAAAUUGUUGCAACGGACACAUGGCGAACGAGUGCAGUGACAAGAAGAAAGAUGAUAAGGAAAACAAGGAAGAUUAUACUGAAGGUAGUAGUACUAAAACAGCAUUUCUUACUGGAGCUUUUCUUAGCAAAUAUCAAGAAAGCAAGGACACGGAUUGGAUUCUGGAUUCCGGAGCCUCUGUACACAUGACGCCGAAUAGAGAAUUUUUUGAUUCUUUUACAGAAUUUGAUGGAAUGGAAAUUGCGAUGGCGGAUAUAUAA